UUCCCGUCGGCCCACGCACUUCCGUUCCUGCGCACAGCGGCCCGGCUUCCCCAUUGAGCGUCAGUGCCAUGACAACAGGACGAUGGCUGCGAGCGACGGGCGGAGAAAUGUGAUUUUUGUGUGAGGGAGGAGGAACGAACCGUCGGCUUCUGCGGUCUGGCUCGUGUACGCGGAGAGGCAGCAUGUCUCUGUUCAAAGCCCGUGAUUGGUGGUCGGCAGCUCUUGGCGAGGGCGAGGAGUUUGACCAGGGUUGCCUGUGUGUGGCAGAUGUGGACAACAGUGGCACCGGACAUGACAAAGUGGUAGUGGGCAGCUACAUGGGAAUGCUGCGGAUCUUCUCCCCACAUGCCAGUAAGUCCAGUGAGGAAGGUCCAGCUGAUGCCCAGCUUCUGGAAGUCCAGCUUCAAAAUGGCAUCAUCCAGGUGGAAGUGGGCAAGUUUGUCUCGUGUUCGGAGCUUCUUCACUUGGCUGUUCUUCACCCCAGGAAACUGUCUGUCUACUCUGUUUCAGGCACCGCAGGGAACGUGGAGCAUGGUGACCAGUACCAGUUGAAGCUGGUUUACGAACACAACCUGAAAAGAACGGCCUGCAACAUGACUUAUGGCACCUUUGGAGGAGUCACAGGUCACCACUCCAUGUGCAUCCAGUCUAUGGACGGGAUGCUGAUGUUCUUCGAGCAGGACAGUUACUCCUUUGGCAGGUUCCUCCCUGGUUUCCUGCUGCCAGGGCCACUGGUCUACAACACCAGAACAGACAGCUUCCUCACCGUCUCCUCUGCACGCCAGCUGGAAAGCUACAAAUAUGAGACUCUGGCCGUGGCCACUGAAGCAGAGAGUCGACAGGAUCCUGACCUGCCCCUCAAGACUGGAGGCAAGAGGUUGACGCCUGACUGGACGUUUGUCCUGGGAGAACAGGCCAUGGACCUCUCUGUGCCCUCCUUCUCCCACUCCUCCUCCUCUAUCUUUGUCCUGGGUGAGAGGAACCUCUACUGUCUCCGUGACAAUGGUCAGAUCCGCUACAUGAAGAAGCUGGAGUUCAACCCUAGCUGCUUCCUCCCCUACACCUCAGUGACGGAUGGCACGACCAACCUGUUGCUAGGUAACCACACCAACAUGCUGCUGGUGUACCAGGACGUGACUCUGAAAUGGGCGGCCCAGCUCUCCUUUGUGCCCGUGGCCGUCCGCAUCGCCAACUUCCCGGAGUUGAAGGGAGUGGUCGUCAGUCUGAGUUCAGAUGGUCACCUCCUCUGCUCCUACAUGGGUACAGACCCCUCCUUCUUCUCCACGCCCAAGGUGGACGCAAGGGAGGCAGACUAUGAGCAGGUGGACGCUGAGAUGAAGAAGCUGCAGAAGUUCAUCAGAGAGGCCACCAGGACUCAGGACAUCCUGCCAAAAACUGACGCUGAGGAGGACCUAAUUGUAACAGCUGCUGUGUCCGCCAGCAUGGACAGCCCCUCGCAAGCUCUGAUCCAAGAUAUCGAUGGUCUGCCCGUACCUUCAGUCACCGUACAGGUGAAGGUGAAGGCCAGUUGUGUCUUACAGUCCUCUAAGCUGACUGUCAGCGUUCAGCCCCCUCUGGCCGUCACUCAGGACCAGUUUGUCCUCGCGCCCAUGGGUCAGUCGAUCGCAGCUUUUCUUUCUGUGUGUGUUUUCAUAGACGGUACAUGGCCGUGUGUUAACCUGACGGUAAAUAUUACUGACUGAUUUUGGAUUAUUACAGGAGUUCCCAGGGUUCUCCAGUCCAGGUUCAGUCUUCCUCUGGCACUGGUGUUAGUUCCUUCCUCUCCGUCCAAAACCACCAAGUUUAAGAUCACUGUGGACACCAACCAGGCACCAGUCAACCUGAGCUCCAUCUUCCCGGAGUUUUCAGCAAAAUCAGAAGAUAAGGAUGGGAAUACUUUGGCUUUCCAGUUCCUGUCAGGAGCCAAGGUUACCGUGCAGGCCUCCAGGACCUCCCAGCGCUACCGCAUCCAGAGUGACAGUUUUGAGGACAUGUGGCUGGUGGCGAAAGAGCUGGUUCAGAGGUUCGACCAACAUUUCUCCAAACUGGGAGUCAAGGACUUCAAGAAAAGCUUCAGUGGACCGCUUCCACUACAGGAGUACUUCCUGUCAGUAGACCACCACUUCCAGCUGCGUGUCAGCGCUCAGCAGUACCAGGACCUGCUGUCGGAGCGAGCAGUGCAGUUCAGGGCCAUCCAGCGCCGCCUGCUGACUCGAUUCAAAGACAAAACCCCGGCACCGUUGCAGAACCUGGACACGCUUCUGGACGCCACUUACAGCCAGGUGAUGGUGCUGGCAGAGGCUGCGGAAGAGGAGCGGGCUCUGCUGGAGGAGGCGUUCGUCCGCCUGCGGAGCGCCACACACCUGUUAGUGCUGCUGCUGUCGCUGUGGCAGGGCCUGACCCCCGACCAGACCGCCAUCCUGGAGGCCACGCUGCUGCCGCUGCUGCAGGACACACCCCAGCUGGGCUGGGAGGAGAGCUGCGACGCUGCCGUCUCCCACCUCCUGCGGAGCUGCUUGUCGCGGAGCCCCAAGGACCAGGCCACGUCUCUGGCUCAGACGGGAGGUCCCGUGCUGAGCCUCCCCCGAGACACCACCCGCCUCAAGAAGCACAUCACCCUGCUGUGUGAUCGCAUCGGCAAGGGAGGCCGUCUCACCCUGGCCUCCGAGGCAAACGUCCAGGUCCCCGCCCAGGUCCAGAACCUGGCGGCUCCCGGAGGUGUCGAGCCCAUUGCAGAGGUGGCUGGUGAUGGGGAGGAGCUGGAACUUCCACAGGAGGCCACCAAAUUUAUCAAGAAGAAACAGCCAUCUAAGAAAGUCAAGAAGGAUAAAGACCCCAAAGAGAAGAAAGAGGUGUCCAGGGAGGCGUCAGAGGCCGCCGUGAAAGAAGACACAGCAGGCGCAGAGGAGCCAGCCAAGGAGGCGAAGAAGGAAAAGAAGGAGUCAUCCAAGGAGAAGAAGGAGUCAAAGAAGGAUUCCAGCAAAGAAGCCAAAGAGCCCAAGGAGGAGGCGAAGAAAGAGUCCAGGAAGGAAGCGUCCUCCUCCAAGGAGAAGAAGGAGUCAUCAAAGGAGAAGAGGGACAAAGAAAAGGAAGGGAAGGAGGCCAGCAAGGAAAUGGGGGACAGGAAAGUUUCCAGGAAGUCUACAGUAAAAGCGAAAGAGAAGAAGAAGGAGCCAGAAGCUGGGGACGUCUGACAGAAUCAGUGCAAUAAGCUCACACACCGUCUGUAUCCAGACACGUACGUACACAAAACACAAGAUGCAUGUCUAAACAUCAGACUCAUAUACACGUACAGGGGCUCACACAUAUACAUACACAUAUGUGUAUAUACGGUGCAUGUAAACACCGACAAGGCCAUAUAACUACACAACACACACACACACACACACAUUCACAUAUGCAGUCUAAAUAUAUAUUUACAUGCAAAUGUACUCAAGGCCACAUGUCUCAGUAGCAAAGUAAUUUUCUCCCAGACUCAUAUUUACAUCGCCUAGUAAUAGCUGAC